AUGAAAGUGGCCUACUCUUCCGUUUGGCGUUCUUCCAAUCCUAAGGUCGGAAUCGUUCUCUUACUGAUGUGCGUGGCUGGCACAUUGUGUAAGUAACUACUUUGUGUUUGAAAUCGGUCAAGCCCUGCAGAUUUGACUCGAAAAACUGCACCUGAUUGGAAGUGUCUCCAGAAGUCCAGGCUAUGUGAGUAGGGCUUCUAUUUUGAUUCAAAAAUUCCUUUUUUCAGCGCCAGGAAAGCUGUCCGAUGGCUCCACAAACCUCGGCGAGAAGUUCGUCGUCAAGUAUGUUUUAUUCUGGUUUUUGGUCAUCUGAGCUCCAUUUAAAACUCUUUCUCAAGCUUCAGCAAGGCGCUUCUACCAGCUGAUAUCUCUGAUCUGAAGCCCAUUCCGCGCCAGCUUUCCCUUUUUCUACCCCCUAAGACCGUACCGUACUAAAUUGGAUCACAGUUGAUCUUAAUUCACUUCUAAAUUUUCGUUUUUUGCUGUCGUUUUCUCAGUUUAGGAGAGCAAAAGCGCAAAAAAAAGAACUGUGUUUACGGUUGCUUUUUUUUUGCUUUUUUUUUUUCGAAAUUCGAUCAUCUCGAACCCACUAUUUCGAGCUGUUUUCAAUAUCUCCUUGAAGCGCUUUAUCAUUUUUUUUUUGUUGGUUUUGAGCGCAUUGUAGACAGGAAAUUACUUAUUAUUGAAAUCAACUUGAUUCAUAUAAAAAUUUCUAAAGAACUCAUCUCAUUCUUUUUUUUUUUGACUCAACUAUUUGAAUGUUUAUAAUAAGUUUUGAGGUUUGCGGAUGCGACAUCGACUUUUCAUUGGACCCACACUCCUCGAAGCAAGACGUGCUCUCAUCAAAAGCGACAUCGCGUCGACGUCUUCGCUGUGGUUUUGUCGCGGCCAGACUCCUUCAGUGCCAGAAUCGCUAUUCGCGAUACUUGGAUGAAUCCGCGUCUGUCGCAAAGCAUUUCGGUUCGUUAGUUAUUUUCAAACUUUUUUAUUUACAGUCAAAAUGUCUGGAGAUGUUCCAAAAAAGAAUUCAUAGAGUCAAUAAAACUCUACGGUAUGAGAAACUGACUCAUUGAAGAAAAUUUGAUCCGAUCGUAGAUCAUCGGAAUCAAUACAGCGUAGAUAUCUUAAGAUUGUGUAGGAUGCCGGCUUUUAAAAGGAAAAUGGAAAAGGUUUCAUUAAUUUUGCUCCCUUCUGACAUUUUCCGAGUACUUUUUUAGUCUCAAGGAAACUCGAACUAGCGUUGUAAUGAUCCUGGGGAACGACUCUCAAAAGUUGAGCAGUUGUUUUUACUCACUUCUCUUCCUACUGGAAUAAGACUUGUUUUUCAUAUUUAGGAGGGGCAAAUCCGCGGCGUUUUUCUCGUGGGACGCCAUCCCGACGAAAGGAUUAUGAAGCUGGUAGCCGAAGAAGCUCAAGAAUUCGAUGACGUAGUACUUGUCGACAUCAACGACAACUACAUGAAUCUUCCUUAUAAAGUGAGGAAAGUGAGAAGUUUCAACAGCGAAAAGUUACCUCGGCAAAAACGUUUGAAGAGAGCAUAGUUGAAUAAGUUUAUAACCCCUUGCAUGUUAGAAAUUUUCGUUACGAAUGUAUGUUUAUUCCAAAUCGAAAUUGUUUCGAAGUUGAUUUUGAUUUCCGCGAAAGUACUUUGAACACGGCAAAAACUGUACGAACUGAAAUUAUUAUUCUCUGAACUUUACUUCAAAAUAAAAUACUUCUUAGAUAGAAAUUAAGAUUGCUUGGAAUCUUCUUAAAUAAUUAUUUUGAAAACAUAACUCUAACCAGACUUAUUGAAAAAAUAGAAUAAUCUCCGAGGCUUCAAUCACAUAGGUUUCAGUGGCAUAAACAAGUAAUUGUCGGUAAAAUCAAAAAGAAGUUUCUCACAUCAGGAAAUGACAAAAAAGGGACUCAAUUUUUCACAACAACAAAAAAAUCCAUUUCUGAACUCAGAUGACCAUUUUCCCUUAUCCUGUUUAUCACAACUCUUCUCGACAUUGAUCUUUUUUUUCUUUUUUUUAAUACUAUUUUUUUUCAAUUUUGUUCUCAGAUUUAUUUGCUGGAAAAUGUUCCAAUUAUUUUUUUGAAGUAAAGUAAUAGGGUGACUUCUGACGAUGGGUCUUCUCUGUUGUCAGUUUACCGGCAAAUUAGGCAUUUUUCAAGAACUCUGUUUUUCGUGAAAUUAUAAAUAACUUUCUCGAGAAGUUUUGAAGUUUCUGUUCAUUUUUCAUGCGGUUUUCAGCUUUCUAUCGGUUUUCUCAAAAGUGGAACGAAAUUUCAGAGCAUAGCUGCGUUUCUCUAUGCAGCGAAAGACUGUCCGGAGAGUCCGCUGGUGAUGAAAAUCGACGAGGACGUGCUUCUGAUGCCCGAUAUGCUGUACGAGAAGAUUCGCGACGGAACUAUUUCGACGAACCUUUCUGAAUCCGCCGCCUAUGGUCAUUUGACCGAUUUUGGUGUUCUGCCGAUUCGCGACUCGCGGGAUAAAUGGUUUUGGCCGGCUCACGGCAUUCCGAACUCUUUAUUUUCGAGGUACUCGUCGAUCGAGGCAUUCCCUUGUCCAGCCAUGCCUCCCUACAUCUCCGGACCCAUGUACAUCUUGACGGCUAAGGCUGCCUCGGAAAUUCUUUCUGGAACGGCUCGUCGCAAUUUUCUCACGGUUUGUUGCCUAUCCUUGAAGUGGGCAGCUCUAGCGGUGCCAGCCUCUACGAAAGAAUACGAAAUAUUGUUUAUUUGAAAAAUAGCUCCAAUAAUUGUCCAGCAAAAUAAGUCUUCAUGUUUCUUUGUGUGGAUCGACCUUCCCAUGUGUAAUCUGUCAUUUUCAAGCCCCCUGUCAAGAGAUUCUUUGCAGUGACAAUAUUUUUUCUCGCAUUUUCCUUCAUUUACCUUGCAGAUAGAAGACGUUCUGAUCACAGGUAUAUUGGCCCACGACUUUUCCGUCGCACUCGUCAACCUUCCUCAUGUUUUCUACUUGCCUUCCUCGGUUUGAUCUUUUCUGUCAAUAAGAAAUCUUCAAUAAUAUAUAUUCUUGGGAGUGUUAACUGACUUUUUCUGUGCGAAAAAUAGUUUUUUUUUUCAGUCAAGCGCCGAUGAGACGACUCCUCUGGUGUCCUGGCAUGGCAUCAAAGAUCCACAAAAGUUCCGUGACCUUUUCCACAAGUUUCUGAUCUCUCGAUGUCCUCCUUGCCAAGUUUGA